CUCCCCUCCCCUCCCCCAUUUUCCAAGACUGGGUCUCUUUCUUGUUCAAGCUGGCCUUGGGCUGGCUAGGUGAAGAAGGAUGACCUUGAACUCCUGAUCCUGCUUGCUUCCACUUCCAAGCUACUGAGAUUAUGGUCACAUGCCACCACAUCCAGCUGUUACUUAUGUUUUAAUUGUCCCCUAUAAAGGUGGUGGAGCCAAAAAUUUCACCAACAGUCAUUCUGUCUGCAAAAUAGUUACGUGUUUCUAUUGUAUACUCUCCUGUAUAAUCCUGAGAGGGAUCAAUAGCAGUGAUAUUUUCAGUUGGAAAUGAGUGAGUUUAUUAAGUUAGAAAGAAAUCAUCACAUUGCAUAUUCAAAACAAUCCAGCAGAAAUCUAUUGAGGAAGCUCCUUUAAGGUAGCCAGCUGGGACUUCCAGUAAAGGGAGUCCCUGGCAGAAUAGAGUGACCACUUCAGUGAGGUUUUUUUUAGUAAAGCAACAGAUAGAGGUAAUAUCAAAUUGGACACUUGUCACAUCCAACAGAAACUGAUAGAGAAAGUAAAGCCGGGAUGGUCAGUUGGAGUUGCCCGAUGAGCUUUCCCCCAUGUCUGAGCUUCGGGUUUCCUUCCCACGGCAGGCACUUUCCUAUACUGGGAUAAACAAAAUAACCUCCCAUGGAAAUGGGUCACCUUCUAGCUGUCCUCAAGGGCACAAGUGUUUUCACGCUUGGGCUGUUUUGCUGUUCUCUCUCCAUCCUAUCACACAGUUAGGGGACCAGCUCUCCAGACUUUGGACUUUGAGACAAACAUGGGCCUGAUAUGGGGUUGUUGGCCUUGCCUUCCAAAGCCAUCUUCUCAGUGAGCUCAAACAACACACAACACAGGACAAUUUAUCAUAUGAUGUGCAAAUUUUGUGUGUAUUAGUGCUGGGUUUCAAAUUCAGGCUUUGCACUUUUCUGGUAGGCUAGCAUGGUACCACGGAACUAGAGCCUGGAGUCCUUACAUUUUUAGGGCUCACAGUUGUUAGCACCCUAUAAUGGAUGGAUAUUCAGGUAGACAGUGGUAUAUGCACUUGAUGCAGGAAAGAAUUUAGUAAAGAGUUGUUCAUUUAAGCUACUGCUACAGAGCUCUUUCUCUAUACCAGACUUCUGGGUGCUGAGGUAAAGCAGGGAUCAGAAAAGACUAAUUUGUGGAAGCAUUUCUAAUACAAGAUCAUCUGUGGGACUGUCUGGCUGUCAUCAACCCGAACACAGGAGCUCUGGGAUGUCUGAGGAGGGGGUACCUUUACAGAACACUUCUUCUGCUCUUGAUUUUAGAUUUUGGGACUCUUUUAUGACUUCAUCCUUUGUCUCUUUGCAAUGUCUUGGGCAGUACUCAGUACUAGCCUCAGGGUCUCUUCAUCUCAGGGACUUUAUAGGGGCUGCUUCAGAUUGUCCGUAGCAGCUGACUAUGAUUUGCCUCAUGCUCUGGUGUGUGUGUGUGUGUGUGUGUGUGUGUGUGUGUGUGUGUGUGAGAGAGAGAGAGAGAGAGAGAGAGAGAGAGAGAGAGAGAGAGAGAAAUAUUGCCAGCUGCAGAUAGUUUCUGUGAUUGCAUGACAUUUGGGAUUCUGGGGACUUUUCAGAGGGUAUAUAAAUGGUAGGACCCCAAGAGGUGGGUGGGUUUUUGUUGCUGGUCAUAGUCGGUUAAGUAGUCAUGCUCAAAGAAGAAACAAGAAGAAAUUAGAUAUCCUGAUGUCAAAGAUCAAACUUGCCACAAGGAACUCGAUGACCCUAAUCAGCAGGAAAAACAGUCUAACAACAACACUGUCCCCUUUCCGACCCAGCUUUAUGCGUGGCUCUCUUUCCUUUCCUCUCCUCUCUACCCUUUUCUUCUCUCUUAUCUAGUGUUUGGGGUUUAAAAGGGUUGAAGAAAAGGGGUACAGAAGGGUGGAAGAAAGAACCCACAAAGUAGCGAAUGCCAGCUACAGGCACUCUAACAGGAGUGAGAGCCAGCACUGCUGCCUUUAAGAGGAGGCCAGUGAUUAUUUUUGGGAUUCAGCAAGGCAUUUGACCCUGAGGGAUUAUGGUACUCCAAAGGGGAGGUCAUGCUUCUCAGGCAGAGUAUGCUGAUUGGGAAAGGGUUACUUAGAUUUCGAUAUUAACACACCCUCCCUUUGUUUGGCUAAACUGAAGGGUUAAAACUAUCAGUAGAAUGGCAUUCUAGGAGAGCUUCUGGGAAAGCAGGCAGCAGGAUAUGAAGUUGAUUCUGUAAGGAGCAAAGGAAGUGACGAGAGCAAACACUGCUAGGAUCAUCUUGCUAGAAGACAGGCUCUGAAGUGUCUAAAGUAUUACAGGUGGGAGAAGGCCCAUAUCCCUCUCUGUGGGAGCCUCAGGCGGCUUUGGAUGUGGAGGACACAGUGAGAAGAAGCUGUCUCUGCAGGACGUAGCUGAGCUGCUUCGGACCAGAGCCUGCAGUAGGGUUGUGGUCAUGGUGGGGGCUGGCAUCAGCACACCCAGUGGUAUCCCAGACUUCAGAUCCCCAGGGAGUGGCCUCUACAGCAACCUUCAGCAGUAUGACAUCCCGUACCCUGAGGCCAUCUUUGAACUAGGCUUCUUUUUUCACAACCCCAAGCCCUUUUUCACGUUGGCCAAGGAGCUGUACCCUGGGCACUACAGGCCCAAUGUCGCUCACUACUUCCUUCGGCUGCUUCACGACAAGGAGCUGCUUCUGCGGCUCUACACACAGAACAUCGACGGGCUUGAGAGAGCAUCUGGUAUCCCUGCCUCAAAGCUGGUUGAAGCUCAUGGGUCCUUUGUAUCAGCUACGUGCACGGUCUGUCGAAGGUCCUUCCCAGGGGAAGACAUACGGGCUGACGUGAUGGCAGACAGGGUGCCCCGCUGCCCUGUCUGUACUGGCGUUGUGAAACCUGACAUUGUGUUCUUUGGGGAGCAGCUGCCAGCAAGGUUCUUACUACAUGUGGCUGAUUUCGCCUUGGCAGAUCUGCUACUCAUUCUUGGGACCUCCCUGGAGGUGGAGCCUUUUGCCAGCUUGUCUGAAUCGGUACAGAAAUCAGUGCCCCGACUGCUCAUCAAUCGAGACUUGGUGGGGUCCUUUGCUCUGAGUCCUCGAAGGAAAGAUGUGGUCCAGCUAGGGGAUGUAGUCCAGGGUGUGGAAAGGCUGGUGGACCUCCUGGGGUGGACACAAGAGCUGCAGGAUCUCAUCCAGCGGGAAAAUGGAAAGCUGGAUGGACAGGACGGAUAAGACAGACUAUGGCUUACUUCUUCACCUGCGGGAAAGUCGCACAGGAGAUCAUCCUAUUCCCAGGGAGACCUCAUGUCUGAAAACAGCUCCGACAGGUUUACAAACAUGGGCCAGACCACAACAUGUGUCCUGGGCAGUAGUCCCAAGGCUGCCUUUGUUAAGGCUGACCAGGGACCUUUACCCUUGGGGCCAUGUGUUACCAUACAAAGGAGCUCCACGUGUGUGCUCUGUCCACCCAUCACUGCUGAAGCUUGCAGUACAGUGCUGCUUUCUGACAGAGGCCUUAGUUACCAAGAGGGCAGGGCAGCAUGCCCAUCGCUAGACAGCUGAUACGCUAGGCUAAUCUAGCAUGUUGGUCGGUAAAGUGGCAUCUUUAACUGAAAAAUCAUUUUUCGCAUGAAAUAAAUUUAGUAUAAAAA